AUGCCUAGUUUCUCAAUUUUCUUUUUGAUUACAUUUGGCGUAUGGCAAGUUGUUGCAGAUAAUUGCAUCGAUGAGUUAUGUGACUUGAAAGGCGCGAUUCCUUUCUCAUCUCCCGGCUAUCCUGGACCUUACAAUGCCAGCGAUGCCUCUCUAAAAUUGCUACAAGUUAGCAUGGACAUCGACUCAAAUUACGUGAUGGGAGUUCGAUUUUUUCGACUCGAUUUAGCUCCAAAUGAUUGCAUUCAUCUCUGUGAAUAUGAUGACUUCCAGACGUGCAGCAAAACCGGCAAGUUCGACUUUUUGUGCUCGAGCAUGGAUGACGGGAGAUUCACUUACUAUUAUACAAGAUCAAACGAAUUGUACAUGUUCUUGGCUCGCUAUCAAAACUCGAAACCCAGUGACAACGGCACCUUUCCGGGUGUUUUUGGAGAAGUCGUACGAUUGGAUGCGAAAUCAUUACUUUGGAAUGAUGCAUGCAAAGAGUCGGCGAGCUUGAACGACAGCCCGUACACUUUGAUUUCUGAUCAUUUCAAUGUUGAUACUUUUACCUACACCAAUGCAUCAUUUGACGUGAACUGCCAAACGAAAUUCUCCACAAAACACUCAAUGAUUCGAGUCGUCGUCUACACGUUUCGUUCAUUUCUCAACGAGCCGAUCGAGCUGACUGGAAUCGAAGCAAAUUCCACCUCUCCGAUCACAAUCUCUAUCAAUGGAUCAGCAGUGCGUCGACAUGGCCUGCCUCGGGCGUAUUAUUUCAAAAAAGACCUCACUUUGACUUACAAAUUCACCGCCCGAAGCUACUACUAUUACAUUGUGUUGACCGGAUAUGAUGAUGCCGCAAUCUACGACAGUUGCCUCAACAAUGGUGUCAUCGACAUGAGCAAACAAUCAUCAAUUCCCUUCUCAGCCAUUCCCCUUUCAAUGCAAGCCUAUAAUCCGAACUCAAACUGUCACUGGAAUUUCACGAAUCUUCCUCCUAAUCACCAAUGGCAAUUGUAUGUGGAAGCUUUCAAAACGGAAACUUGUUGUGACGUGCUGGGAAUCGAUUCCCCACUUGAUCCAACCUUUCAACGGCAACAGUUGAGCGGUGACUACACAUAUUAUUUGUAUUCUGGGGCGAAAGACUUUCAAAUGAGUUUUCAAAGUGACGGCAUCGAAUCCUACAAUCGGAUGAGUGGCGUUGUCGGGAUUAUCAAACCGUUGGUGACUGUCUAUGAGGGAGAGCUCGACACGGGCACUUAUGUACCCAUCAAUAAUCGAGAGUAUCAGUGGGACACUCUGGCCUUCAAGUCAAACGUGGUGACGGCGCGAAUUGUGAGAACUGAUGCAGCCUAUUCGCCGGUUAAUAUGCUCUUCACAACUGACAGCAACCUUUGGGUGUACCAGGGCUACUACCGAUGCUUCAUGGGCGCCAAUAUCAACAUUGAUUAUGGCAAUCAUCCGGCUGGCACGACAAUCGUCGCCUACAGAGGAGCCGUCGAGCCACAAGAUUACCCAAAACUCUUUGGCAGUGCAUUGCUUGCGUUGACUCUUUUAAACGACACAUUGCCUCACAUUGAGCUCUUCCAAGGCGCCUCUUUAAAAGCCGAGGAUCGUAUUUAUGGCGGUCCCUCCACUUGUGACAACAAUCAGACAGCAAACGUCGCGUUUCCCGAACGCGUUUUUGGCACCUAUAUGACGAUCAAAGUCGGAUCUGGAGUGCCUCGAGAUGCCGUGUUGAGAUACUACUGUAAUUCGGCAUAUCAGCUUUAUUUCGAUGUUUCAAAUGAUCUGCCGGCUGUUGUCAAUGUGCCAAAGUAUGAAAGCGGCGGUGUGAAGGCGAUUUCGUGGGAAUUCUCAAAUCGUCGAUCGAUCCCCUCCGAUCAACGACUCCAGAUUAGCCUCUUGAACAAGCUGCCGGCAAAGAGUCAAUUGACGAUCAACUACACAAGAAGUGGAGGAUCAGAUGUCUAUUCAUCACCUAUUUGUCACAUUUUUUACGAUCCAAAUUAUUGGGCGUCGAACAAUGGCAUGAUUUUGACAUAUCAAUGGUCGUGCGAAUCGCUGAUCGACGACAAUGAGAGCUGUGGAUCGCCGUUGGCUCUUGAGUUCAAACUGUCGCCUGCUCCAACAACAACGACAACAACAACGACAACAACCACCACACAAUCAACAGUAUCUACAACACGUCAAUUUCGAGGAGAAAUCGCGACCAGAAAUGAGUCGUGGAUACCAAUCGAUCACUUCUGCUUUUUUAUCGAUUCCGGCUCUCUCGACUAUGUCUUCAAGUAUCCGAUAGUUACCAAUCUAAGCCUUCUUUUCUACUAUGACACACAAUGGGAAAAUGUCAACAACAACGUGACAUUGACGUUACAACAACGCCUCGCUCCUCUCGAUCCACUCUCCAAUCAAGUUCAACCACUCUUCGGCGACACACCAAUGCAGAAAUGUCACGAAGAGAAAAUAAAUGGAAUUCGGAUGAUGAUUUGUGAAGGAACUCGACGAUUUAUAUCUGUCCAUUCUCGUUGCUGGUAUCUAGUGAUCAUGCAAGAGAAUCUCGUUGUCUCAAAUUCCAGUCUUGAAACAGAGUUCGAUUUGGUGUGGGGAAACGGCAAGGAAGCAGGCGCCUUGUUGUGGCAUUUUUCGGCAGACGAAUACUAUCUCUUACCAAUUAAUGUCGUCUUCUACACGUUCAAUUUCAUCAUUUUUGGUGUAUCUUUGGCUGUGGCAAUGAGACUCAAAUCCCGCAACACCUUUCCAUCAAGUUAUUACCUCUAUCAGCUCUCGAUUCUCAUCGAAUGCGUCGCUUUACUCUCGUUCUCAAUUUACUAUUGUAAGUUGAAAAGAAUUUCAAUUGAUCAAAGUGAUAUUUUCGAUACUUAUUCUCUCGAUGGAAUCGGCGUUGUUUUGUGGAAAACGAUUGGUUAUGUUGCAAGAAGUCUUCGGAAAGGCCUCUUUCAUCUAUACUUACUUGUCAUUGCCAAAGUUCACAUUGAUACAAGUUCGAAAUCGCUUCCCUCUCGCAUUCUCCUCAACACUCUUCAAUCAUGUCAAACAUUUCUCUUCACUAUUCUUGCCAUCAUUUAUGCGCUCUUUUCAAUGAACUUGAUGUCAAAUACUUUCGACCCAACCCGAAUCCAACACGAACUGAUCACUUCUUGUGGUCUUUCAUUUAUCAUUGUCCAUAUGAUUUUUUGGACUAUUUGGCUCUUUCUUUCAAUGAUAUCUCAAAAAAGACAAUUUCUUCUUACCAGCGUCAUGAGUUUUUGGUUUUUCCUUGGUCUCUUCACAUGGUUGAUGGCGAAUUUUGUUCUAAGUGACACUGUGAGAAAAGAAGUAAUCGAUUUGAUAGAAUGCUCGACAACCGUUUAUUCUUUUCUCUUCUUUCUCAUCUUCAACAGCUUUCAGCCUCCAACAACAAAUCAACCAAUUUCUUUCAAUCAAACGGAAAGAGAGUCGAGUAUCUACAUAAAAGAUAUUUCACCGGAAAUCUUGACUGAACGAAAGAAGGAAAUGAAUGAGAAUGAU